AUGGCGCCGGCCUUUUCUCCAGAGCAUAGAAAUAAGAGGCGGAAAAUAAAUAACGGAGAAAACCAGCCUCCUAGCAAUGGUGGACUUGAGAUAACAUCUCAUAAGCAGCUCCAUGAUUUGCUGUUUUUCCGACAGGAUGCGAAAUUAGACGCUCUUCGUGGCCUCAACGCAUUCAAGGACUUUCUAUCUUCCAUCCCUCAGGCAGAGGUAGAAGCCGACAAGGAGAAAAAGUACCAAAUCUUAAAGACAUACUGCGACUCGCAGAUACCCAAAGCCGAAGAUGGGACGUGUCUCUCAGACCUCCUCCAAACUUGGAACUUUGCUGAAAGCUCAAAUCAUGAGAAUAUCCUUGUGAUUGCCCCCUCGGUGCUCGCUCAGCUUCUAAAAGUCAUUUCUACGAGGCUCGAGUUUAGGGAUUUUGGCAUCAGUCUGUGUAAGACUUUGAUGCAGAAGGAGCAGCUACGUCUGAUAAAUCGCAGUCUGUCGGCACCUAAGGUGAAGGAGCAUCUAAUAAGCCCUUGCAUCCGUCUCCUCACCGAAAUCGUGAGCUUUGAUGGUGGCGCACUUGCUCGAUCGGUCUAUCUGAAUCGAGAUACAACCUAUAAAAGAUUGGAGCAUUUCCUUGUCCCUUUGAAGGGCCAAUUUGAGACGAUAUCAAGUACUAGCAAGAAAUCGACGCUUCGCAGGAAUGCGCAGCGUUAUGUGCUGGCCAAUAUACUCUUUCUUCAGGGUCCGGCAAAGGUAGACUUUAUUGAGCAGCAUAAAGUUAUUAGAGCCCUUUUGGAGUUUAUUCGACGUGACCCUCGUGAUCUAGUUGUUGAUAUUUUGAAAACAAUCGACCGGGAUAUUGCGCAUGAUAGCUCUAUUCCUCGGGUUACGAAAUCGAGGUUCUUCAACAAAUGGAAUUUGGAGCGACUUGUCACUCUGUACGGAUAUGACAAAGAUAAUGAGGAGGAGGAACGGUCAGAUGUCUCAAUUCCAGCUGAGAUACACAGAAUACUCUUGCAAAUCUGCACUGUUCCCGAAAUGGGCGUCCUCUUGCCGCAGAAUGGAUGGUAUCCGCCGUCAGGUGAUUCUCAUGAACUGACUCAAGAUGAAAAGUAUAUCGACCUUGGGCUAGAUGCACCUUUCUAUCAAGAUAAAUACAAAGAAACCGUUCCCAUACGAAACGGUACAUUAUCGUCUCUUGUCCAGGUCCUCCGUCCAGAAUCAGAUACGCUUCAAACAGAGCUUCUACUGGAGAUAUUCAAAGCUGCUCCCGAGCUCGUUGCAGACUUCUUUACCAAACGAUCAAUGUUCACUGCUGAACCAAAGUCAAAUCCCACCUGGCUCGGUGAAUCAGCAUUUCUAUUCUCUACUGUCCAGAUUCCUGUUCCCAAGGACUUUGGUGGGAAAGAACAGAAAAUCGAAUUACCUCCUCCCGUCUCGAUCGCCAUCGAAAAUAUCAUGCCUCGUCCACUGAACGCCAAGGUUUUGACGAGAUGCUUCACUCAAACCAGCGAUCCGAUCGUGACAUUAUUCGCUGUUCGAAUUCUUACGGCUGCCCUUCGUAAGCUUCAAGUUGUUUUGAAGGGGUUUGAGCACAGCCAUGGCCGCUACCAGUCGCUCUGGGAACAAGCUGCCUCAAAACUGACUACGGAAUUUGUCGAGCGUUGUCCCUCCAUGAGAGAUACUAUCCUCACCUUCAGACGGACGUCAUCCGAGGACAUUCAACAACAAGCCGCUGUCAUGGACUUAAUUGCAGCUUACCAUGAUGUGAUUCCGACAGUUGCCAGUGAGGAGAAUUUUGAUGUGACCCUUGUCAUGGUUAAGGUUCUAGAACAAUUGGAUGAUCCAGGUCUGUCGGAGGACGAUUCGGAAGCAGCUUUAGGGUUACUGCAGAAUACACUACAGAUCGCUCAUCGUUCUGCAUCGAUGCGUUGGUGGCAGCAACCUGCAUCCUUCCCAUAUUCUGCUUUCACAUGUAUAUUGAAAGUAGCGCUCAAGGCAGAUGACGAGUCUUCCACCAAGGUACUACUUGAUUUGCUGAGUAAUGUCCUGGUCGAGCAAGCAAUUCUAUCAAGCUCGACCAAACCCUUUGAUGCUUUGAUAUUUAGUUUGAAGGGAUCUGAGCCGGCAGAAUUGACCGUCCAGCUACAGUUUUUAGACAACUGUCUAUGCCGCAUCGCGAAGAAAGCCGUUCACUACCAGGACCUCGCUACCAAAUUGCUUGAUGAUGACAGCGCCCCAUUGAGUCUUUUGGUUGUUGCUGUUUUGGAGCAAUGGCCUUUUGUCCUCAAAUCAAAUGACACGGAGAAAGAACAAUCGAUAGCACGAUGGAUCGCUUCUCUGAUCAAGCAGUUGAAGGCAGCGGGAGAAGACAAGAAGGCUCUCAAGAAUAUGCGAGACAGUCUUUCUGAGCUGUCGGAAGCGAAGAAGACCAAGUCUAUUUUCAAAAAGGCGCUCAAGGGGAGCGAUGAAAAGGAAGAAGCCGAUGAAGAUCAUGAAAUGGAGGACUUUGAAUCCAGCGAGCGAUCCAAACCAACUGCUUCGAGCGAUUCUACAGUUGGUCUGCUAGACAUGUUCGGUUCCAUUCCACCUGAAAGCAAAGACCAUGCUGGACUGUAUAAGUGGGAGAAGGAAGAAAUAGAUGUUGCAAUUGGGCAAGGCCGGGUCAGCGAUCUCUUGCUGUGUCUGUGCUCGGAACACGAGGAGAUUCGCCGUCAAGCUUUUGCGGCUGUAUCUCGCCUCAUGAUUAAACUUAAGGACUCGAAAUAUACCGAGUGGAGAGCGGUCUAUCUCCUUCUGGGAGAAAUACGAGAGACGGUCAACCAGUUAGGCUUCGAGGCCGCUUUACCUUCAAUUGCUGGACGAUGUGCCGUUGCUUGUUUGAUGGUGCUUCACGAACCAUUGAACAAAAUGUAUGGAAAGGUCAACCGGUAUCUUCAGAGACGGCCGUGGUGGGAGGUAGAGAAAAUUCCAUCCUAUUGGAUAGACCAGAUUCUGCUACACCAGCCUGAGGAUGACGAAGGACACUACGAUGAGAUGAACUGGCUGUUGGAUAUGUUGGUGAACGGCCUUCAGACACCGGAGGACCUUAACAUCUACCGCCGCGCAAACGUAUUCGAGCACAUCCUCUCUAUCUACAAUGCGCCAUCUUCCAACGCGGCAAUGAAGAAAAAAAUACUCCAUCUCCUUUUCAGAGUUACACAGGUCGGCGGUGGUACGACGCUGAUAACCCGCGCUGCGGCUCUCAGCUGGAUUCAAAGUUGCGUAGCCAGUUCAGAUAUCUAUGCGACUUUGUUGAAGGAGUUGGCUCAAGCGAUUUAUGAGUCGAGUGAUGGUGAGAGAGUGGGUGAUUGGAGUGGCCAUUCGAUAUCUGCGACCAUUGACCAGUUCAACAAUUAG